CUGAACUAUGCAAACUCAUAAGGAGGGCCUAACAUUGUUGUACGAUUCCAGAGGAAGUGCCUGUCGUGUCAACGUGACCCCUUUUCAACCCUUUGGAGGUAAAACCACUACGGAUUUAAGAUGUCGGACUCUUCAUUGAAAUGCCUUUUGUGUACACUUUCGUUCAUCUUAGCGUUUGAACUCUUGGGAGUAAGAACAGGUAUGUAUGCAGGCCUAACAAACAGUCAAGCUACACUUUCGCAAUUAAGAUGGAGUUGUUGUCUAAUGCGUUGUAUUGUUUUAUCACAGACGCUGCAUCUGGGGAAGGACCUCUUCUUCCUGACGGACAGGAUCUAUAUUACAAAACAGUUCAAAUAUCACCUAUUCUAUCAGUUCCUCAAAGCAUAGUUCAUUCACCUCUCCUCAAGGUCUCACACAAGGACCAUGGCGCUAUCCUCCGGCAGAAGCGCAACGUGCUUUUCCCCAGCGGGGUCAAACUUUGUGCUGAAGAGAGCGUGCAACAAUCCAUUGCAAAUCACCUCAGCUACUUUCACCUGCGAGUGUGUCAGGAGACGGUGUGGGAGGCCUUCAAGAUCUUCUGGGACCGCCUCCCAAACCAGGAAGAGUACCAGACCUGGAUGAGCCAAUGCCUGGACGGCACAGCCACCGCUCUGGCGAUGGGCAAAAACUUUAGCCAAUCAAAGGAGUCCCUGGCCCUGGUUGAGAGUAGAAUGUUGCUGACAGGGUUAACAAGUGAGCCCAACAACUCAUGGCUACAUAUGUGCAGCACCGCAACUCCUGCCACAGAACAAGAGGCUCAAGGAGGCUCAAGCCAAGCAAUGCCUCUGACUAUCGAUGUGUUGUGGUGCACAUAG